AUGGAGUGGCCUAGAGUGUCACCACUCAUCAACUCCAACCGGCCUCGCCGUGUCUCCAUCUCUCACCACCAACGAAACACAUCGCACCCGACCCGAGGAAGGGUUGGAAGCAGAGAAAAAUUCUUUGUCUUGCGUGUCGUAUCAGAUCCCCUACAAGCGCACGAUCUCGUUGUCGCCCCGGCAGAGUUAGACCCAGAUUCAGCCAAUUCCGCAGCCUCCGCUCCCCUCCCUUCUCGGCGCGUUCCAGAAGACUUUUUUCGAAGCCCCAAAGCAAAGCUUUUAGUGGAACUAUCGAUUUUCCUCACAGUACUGUCUCUCUCUCCGUCUCCAGUUUUGCAGCCAGACCAUCCAUGUCAGGAAGCCUCUGCCGCUACAACGGCCUGGAACUUGCUUGACACAGGCAUCUCGCACCCAAGCUGGCGACAUGAGUCGGGACCCUGGCUACGGGCAUCAGAAGAGGGUACCGUUUGGACGCCGUCGUCGCUUCGAGAGUCAUAUCGCACCGCAUCACAUUGCUGGCAUACAGGCUAG